AAGAAGGAGAACGAGUACGAGUACGAGAACGUAUGCGUAUGACGUCAUUACGUUGUUUACGUACCGUCAAUUCGGAUUAUUGGGCGCGAGCUAAGCGGUUAGGACGGAAUUCUAAAUAAACAGAAUUUGUGAGUAGAAGAUGUUUUGUGCAUGUCUAAGGAAAGAAGAGGGUCUCUGGAGCAGUGGUGGGAGGAAGUUGACGAGUCAGAGAUCCUCAGGUAUAGAAACAGACUAGCAGGCAUUCUGACAGGGAGGAGAUGGAGCAGUCUAGAAGCAGGUUGUACUCAGGACCUCUGUCCCAGGCAGCCCAGAAGAUCCUGGUUGUUCUGCGGUCCCAGAGUUUACACGCCGCCAGACGUGGCCACCAAUACCUGAGUAAUCAUAGGCAAAUGGAGAGAUAUUAUGACAGCCAAUGGGAGCCCUGGGCUCUGAGCAGCAGGAGUAUGAGUCAGGAGGAAGGAGACAGAAACAUAGUCCGACCAUGGUCCAGACCUCAGGUGUCCUCUUCCACCCAUCUUCAUGACCCCUCCAACUACAGACAGAGCUCUCAGACCUUGGCCUACUACCAGUACUCAGAGACAACAGACAGCUCCCUCUUAUCUCAGGCCUCCAAUUCUUCUUCCUGCCGGGAUUCCUCACUCCAAAGGCUUCCGUUUCAGACUGAAGCCUGUUAUCAAUGCUCACAGACUUAUUCCCACAGAAACUACUCAGAACCUGCUGCUUACCAGUCCAGACAGGCUCUGUCAUUCACUCAGCAAGACAUUUCUGAAGUGGCAGCAUCUUUCUUCCCUAGAGACAGAUAUACUUCAUCCCUCUCAGUACAGAAGAGACAUUCUGAACACCAGGCUACACUGUGGGGGACCCCCACUGAAGACAUUAGGUCAUCUAGUGCAGUAGAAGAUGGAGAUGUACUGUAUCAGCAAUCAAAGUCUGAUACCACCAAAAUUGGAAAGAUACAUUUAUCUCCCAGAGGCUUUGUAACGAGACAGGACAUAGGCUGUGAUGCGUAUUUAUCCAAGCCAAUGAGAAAUCUAGAUGGGGAGGAAGAGUUGGAGCUAAUGGUGAAUUCAGAAAGCAUGACUGAAGCAGGUGCAGGCCAAAUGUCAGAUAUCAAACAAGAAAUGGAGGAUGAAGUAAACACAGGUACUUUGGAAGAGAGAGAUGUAAUCCUACCAACUAAGACAAGGUUAACCAGUGAAAUGGAAGGGGUUCUGCUCUUGGAAACUAAUUUAGAGAAUAACUUGUACUUGGUAUCUACAAGUAACAUGGACAAAAGCACUGACUGUAAUACUUGGGGUGAAAAGCUCAGUGAGAAAGAAGUAGAUGAGUACAACAUCAGUGCAUAUGAACAUCCAUCUGGCAGUGAGAUUAAAGUGUCAGUGGACUGUGAUGCUGGUAGUCCAGCAAAAGUCUCUCCAUCAGUAAUAACGGAAGAUCACAAAGUUAGCCCCUGCCAAGCUGAAACCCCUCAAGUCUUGGGUUGGCCUGCGACUGAAACAGAGAAGGACCUCACAGAAACACCACGGGUACAUUGUGGUCCCAACAAAUUAGUUCUGGGUGACACUACUGCUGAUGACCCAGAGAGAACCACAGAGGAAAAAGCAGAUGUGAUGGAGGUUGGGUUGAAAGUGGAAAAAUUUAACAGGACAAAGACAUGCACUGAUAGCGACACUGAAGAGGAGACAGACCAGCCUCAGUGUUCUGAUGUCCAGCUAAAGGGGAGACUGUAUAUAGAAGUUAAAGAGUUAGCUGGAGGAGAUACAGAGCCAGGAGGGAGUGAGAAAGACAAUGAAUCAGUGAUGACACAUGUGGACAGUGAAACUGAGAGUACAUUGACAGACCACUCAUGGAACGACAGUUGUCCCAUGCCAGCAGUGCCCCAGCACUGCAGAGCAAGAGGCUCAGUGAUCAAAGCGCCCUGUCUAAGUGGGAACUGGCAGCACGGUGACAAUGUACAAACUGCUGGAAGCAUCAGAGAGAGCAGCUCAAGUGUGGUACUGGCUGCAGCAACUACCUUUUCUACUGGACAAAACUCCCCUUCAGUACACGAAUUGGCCUCAACUCUCAUAAAACCAAGAGAAAAACUGGAAAAAAGCCAUCUGCCAAUUUCCCAAACUCUUUCACAGCGUCCCUUGAUCCUCUCCUUAAAGAGGAAGCAUGAAGUGCUUGAGCGUCAAAAUUUGAACCGUCCUUCCAAAAUCUACCUGACUAGGCAUCCUCCAAAGUGGGUGCCACCUCAUUCCUCACAAGAAAAGGCAGGGGAAGGAGGGGCCAAUGAGUGGAAGAGAGCCAGACCCACGUCUUCUAUACCUGAACACGCAGUUGAACCACAGACUAAUUCACAUCAAACAAAAAUAUUAUCAGGGGUGCAUACGACUGUGCUGAGUGUGCUGGAGCAAACUCAACAAAGGCAGAGUAAGAUUAAAGAAAGAGGUCAUGAAUCUGUUAGGAAUACUUCCAAACAGACCCCAUCUUCUGUGGCUCACAAACCAACCAAGCACAAGCAGGCCAAAUGUGAGCCUGACCAGGCCAAAAAUAGGUGGGCUAAUUCUGGCGAGCCGCAGCCCCAUUCCACAGCUGGCAGUCUGACUGCAACCCUGACAUCUGACCCUAGAGUGAAGGAUUCUGGGACGCUUAACCCAGAUGAGAGGAUGCAAAUGCUGAAGGAGGCAAUGCAGGCCAAGGCACUAGUACUAACCAUGGUGUACCAGGACGGAAGCACUCAGUUAGACCCAGAACAGAAGCUCACUACCCCGGUGUGUGGUCUCCUUGUACUGAUGAAGAAUGAUCACGACUGCAACACACCGGAAGACCUGCUCAGGCCGAACGAUAGGCUGGUCUACUUAAAACUAGAGCAAACACCUGCUUGGGCCAAGCGACACCCACUUGAUAGCCAGAAUCUCUUUACUAGAGAUAUGCUGCUACGGGUACUAUCAAGAUCUGAGCUAGUGGUGUGCUAUAAAGCCAAGGAUUUGCUUCGUACAGCUCUGCAGUUUUACAAACAGGAUCUUGACUGGAAAAAAGUGGCAGGCUGUCAUAUCCAGGAUCCACAGGUGUCAGGAUGGCUACUGGAUCCUGCAGAUCCCUCCUCUUGCUACUGGGACCUUCUUAGUAAACACUGCAAAAGACCCCCUUCAACACCUGCCAUGGGCACCAAGAAGGUUUCUCAAGUCAUCUCGGGGCUCUCUGCACUCUUCUGGCUUAACAUGGAGCUGUGUGCUAAACUGCAGAGCCAGGGGCUGUGGGAGCUUUAUUCAGAGAUGGAGCUGAAAAUGAUCCCUGUCCUGGCAGCCAUGGAGAGCCAUUGCAUCCAUGUGGACAAAGAAGCACUUAACAGAACUUCCAAUUUGCUGGGGACUAAGAUGAAGCAGUUAGAGCAGGAGGCCCACCAAGCAGCCGGACAGAAAUUCCUGGUCACCAGCAGCACUCAGCUACGAACUGUUCUGUUUGAGAAACUGCGCCUCCAUGAGCGCUGCGAGAACAAGAAACUUCCCAAGACCAUCAACAAACAGCAGCAGUCAACAUCAGAAGCUGUGUUGUUACAGCUUCAGGACCUGCACCCUCUACCAAAGAUCAUACUAGAAUACAGGCAGGUUCACAAGAUCAAGUCCACUUUCGUUGAUGGAAUUCUCUCAUGCAUGAUGAGUAAGAACUACAUUUCCUCUACAUGGUCCCAGACAAGUGCUGUGACUGGGAGAAUCUCAGCGAAACACCCAAACUUCCAGGCCCUGCCAAGACAGCCACUUCAAAUCACAAAGAUGCAGUACAUCCAAGGAAGGGAGGAGGAGGUUGUAACUGUUCAUCCUCGGGCCAUGUUCAUUCCUCAGGAAAGCUGGACCUUUCUCGCUGCAGAUUUCUGCCAGGUGGAGCUUCGUUUGUUGGCACACCUCUCCUCUGACCCUGAGCUGCUCCGUGUUUUUACCAACCCCCAGGCCGAUGUCUUUGCCAUGUUGGCUUCUCAGUGGAAGGGGGUGAAUGAGAGAGAGGUAACAUCUGAGGAUCGAGAACACGCUAAACGUAUUGUCUACUCUGUUGUGUAUGGGGCAGGUCGUGAGCGUUUGUCUGGGAUUUUGGGGGUGAGCACUGAGCAGGCCAGACACUUCCAGGACAGCUUCCUCCAAACCUACACAGAAGUCCAGGCCUUCAUCCAGAGAACUAUCCAGCAGUGCCACAAGCAAGGUUAUGUCUUAUCCAUCAUGGGUCGGCGGCGGAGCCUCCCUAACAUCAGCUCUCCAGAUUGGGGCUUCCGUAUGCAGGCUGAGAGGCAGGCUGUCAACUUUGUUAUCCAAGGUUCUGCUGCUGAUCUCUGUAAGAUGGCCAUGAUCAGAAUCUUCAACCUGGUCUCCUCUUCCAACUCCAUCUCUGCCAGGCUGAUAGCACAGCUCCAUGAUGAACUUCUGUAUGAAGUGGAGGACUCUCAGGUGGAGCACUUUGCAGCUUUGGUGAAGAAUACCAUGGAGUCCCUGCAGCACAUUCACCAUUUAGGUAUCCACCUCAAAGUUCCCCUGAAGGUGGCAGUCUCCAGUGGCAAGUCUUGGGGAUCCAUGUCUGAGCUUAACAUCCCUCCGACAUCUCCUGCUUCUUUUCUUUGACUACCUCCUUUUCCCUCUUCACUGCCCAUCUUUCCACUUCAGCCACUGUGCCUCUGUAUUGAAUUUACUUUGCUUUUGCCAUUAGACAUAUUUCUCCCUCUUGGUGUGUUCUCAUCUAGUACCUUGUUCCAUUUCUGCCUUUCAUAGUCUAUCUCUCUUCCUCUCAGUUCACUUCUCCUGCAUCCACAUCACUAUGGAAACCAGGCAGCUGCAGCUCCCUCCAGCUCCCAG